AUGAAACAAUUUAAUGUAUCUUAUGUUGAGGUAAUCCAGGAUAAUAGGGCCAUAUCAAGUUGUUUCUACCAAGAUAAUGCUAAUGUGAAUUAUGGGUCUAUAAUACAUGAUGACAAUGUCGAUAAUAAUUUUCGUGAGCCCGCAGAGAGUCCGUCAGCAGUGGAAUUAAUGGCGACUCCAAAUAUGUUCCAUAAACUAAUUAAUGAUGUUGUAGUACCUAAUGUUGUACCCGUACUAGGAAAUAAGGUUACAAAAGUUUCUAUGCAUAUAUUGGAUGGAUAUGAUUGUUAUUAUACGACAAGUGAUACCCUCAACGGGUCUAUCACGAAGGAUACAAAACUCUUUGUUUGCAUAAAUAAAAUUACUGUACCCAAAAUCCUACCAAUUAGGUUAUUAAGUGAGUUAAAGCAGUUGGCAGAAUCAAAUGAUGAAGGUGGAGAACCACUGAGUUUUGAUACUGAUGAGGAAUUGAGUUUAAAAGUUGGAGGAAUAAUAGAUCAAUUCCGAGAGGAUCUAAUCUCAUAUAGGAAUAAAUUAAUUCAAGAUAAUGAAGCUAAUGGGAAUUAUAAUAACGGUAGAGAAGGUAACCACUAUCAAGACACUGAUGAGGAACUAAAUGAGGUUUUGAAGAUAAUGAAUGACAAUAUAGACAAAUUCUUGAAAAGACAAGAAAAAAUAUCAUUAUUAGUUGAUAAGACAUCACUUCUGAAUAGUAGCAGUGUAAAUUUUAAAAAAAGAGCUGUCAAACUUAAAAAUAAAAUGUGGUGGCAGCGGUUUAAGAAUAUGACUUUACUGUUUUUUUCUAUCAUUUUUAUAAUUGGGGUAAUAUUGAUGUUCUACUAUGAUUUCAUCUAA